AAUCAUUAAAAAUUAAUAAAGUGUAUAACUUUUUUAAAGGUUUAAACUAACGAUAAAAUAUUCUUGAUACCGUUUUAAAUUACAUUAUUGAAAUAACAAACUUCUUUAAAACACAAAAAAAUUACUCAGGUUAUGUAUUCCAUAUUUGUCUCGGAGAACCUUGUGUAGUGCCAUAGUAGUGGAUGCAGGUAUUCCACACAUUUUGUAGUUUUAAGCAAGGUUUUAAAGGUUUUGUUUGCUUAUAAAAUACAAAAAUGACACUAGAAACAAUCCCCAAAGAUUUACGUGGCCUUCGAGCUUGUUUGGUUUGUUCUUUAAUAAAGACUUUCGAUCAGUUCGAAUAUGAAGGCUGCGAUAAUUGUGACGAGUUUCUUCGAAUGAAGAACAAUAGAGAUAAUGUGUAUGACUGCACAAGUUCUAAUUUUGAUGGGAUGAUUGCUGCCAUGAGUCCAGAAGACAGCUGGGUGUGCAAGUGGCAAAGAAUUAACCGGUUUUGUAAAGGAAUAUAUGCUAUAUCUGUUUCUGGGCGUUUACCUGCUGGAGUUAUAAGGGAAAUGAAAAGUAGGGGUAUUGUUUAUAAACCUAGAGAUACAAGCCAACGUUAGUUUUCUUAAUUAACUUAAAUUCAUAAAUCAAAAACACAGGCAACAUUUAAUUUUGCAAGGUCUAUUAAUUAUCAUUAAAAAAAUAAGGAGUUUUAAACGACUUAUUUUCGUAUGUAUUAAAACUACAGAAUCUUGAGGGACAUUUUAGAUUAUAAUUUAAUUUAUAAUCUUUUGUAGGUAUUUUUUAAGUAAUACUAAUUUGUAAUUUUAACAUUAAUUAAACAUAAUAAUUGUAUACAAACAUAGAAGUUUUUUAUUCUCCAGUAUCUGGUUAUUAAACUUUCCUUAGGUAAAAAAUACCAAAUGUAUAUGUAACAACAAUGUGCAGUUGUAUAUUGGGUUGCAUAUGUCCGAUUGGUUUUCCUCAAGUUUUCCUUACGGUUGUCAUGGUUUUCCCCGGAAUUGAGACUGUUUAAUCGCGAAUUCUUGAGCACAAAAAAUCCUAUUAUAUGAAUUUUAUCAAAUUUAUUGUAGCAGUUCUCGAGAGCCUAUUUGUGUAGCAUCAAAAAAUGAAAUCAACUUAAAAUAGAUUUUAUUUAUUAUGUUUGCAUUAUAGUUACAUACAUAUCUACUCUACAUAUUACAAGUUGAUAAAAUUUAUACACAAAAUCACAUCUUUUAUUGUAUAUAUUUUUUAAACUAUUGAAACAUUUAUAAAUAGGUAUAUAUGUUCAUAGCAAAAAAUGCGUUGUUCAGAGUAGUAUAUUUCACAACAUAAAAAAAAAUCGUAAACCUAAAGCAGAGUAUUAUUUGUAAUAUCUAUUAAAUGUUUUAAGGCACAAAAAUAGAAACUGACGAUGAGUUACAAAAUAAUGAAUAAUAACAAUAGCACAUGUAUUUGACAAGUUUUAUACAAA